AUGUGGUUUACGACCUACGCUAUUGGUGGAUGUUAUCUUUAUGUCGCCAUACUGGUUCAACAGUUGGUUCACCCGCAAGAAUGUGGUCGACGUUCAACAUAUCACAUACAAGAGGCACGCUUGCAAAACAAGAAGACAGAAGCCUACCCAAACAGCUGGCCCUGGCAUGUUGGAGUCUACAGUUCAGCCAUAGGUCCCUCUCCGUUUUGUGGAGAAACACUGAUUGCGUCCAAAUGGGUGCUAACGGCCGCUCACUGCAUCCUUGCUGCCCUUGAAUGCAACGAUGCCCCAGUUGGUCGGCUCUUCUCCUAUCAUGAUAUCACUGGAGAACACAUGGCGGUAACUGUCGCAGACCAUAACUACACGCAGCGUCAGCGUCCAGCCUACAACGUGCGAGUGGAAGGUGUAAUUAUGCAUCCCUCCUUCACCAAACAAAUUUCAAACCGUGCCUUUGACAUCGCACUCCUGCAACUGAACCACGAAGUCAAACGAACAUCGGUAGCAGAAUAUGCCUGCCUUCCUGAACCUUGGCUUAAUCUUCCUGCUGGGUAUUUUUGCAAAUUUGCUGGCUGGGGACGGAAACCUCAUCCACCUCAUGAGUCACAAUCAGAUUAUCCGGAGACACUGAUGGAGUUACGAACUCAAAUCGUGUCAACCUCUCACUGCAACAGCGAGAUUGUUGGUUUUGACGAUAUUGAUGCAGUUUUUACGGACCAGGCGCAAGGGUCUCCCUAUACUGGUGAUAGCGGUGGGGGACUGCACUGUUUAACCCCAGACGAAUCCAAAUGGGUUAUCUAUGGCGUACUUUCUACCGGUACCCCCGACUGCACGGAUGGAGUCGACGUAUACGCCUUGACAUCGACGAAACUCAGCUGGAUUAACGGAGUAAUGACUGCACAUUCCUAA